AUGACGUCCACUUCCACGCCGGCUCCUGGCAAUCUUCCGAUCGUACCAGACACGCUGCUGUACUACAAUCUCUAUGAUCAGCUCUGGAAGCAGCGCCAGAAGCAAGAGGACUUUGAGAAACGGCUCGACACCAGCGAGAAGGAGAAGGAGGACUUUCGGACCACUUUUCAAGCAGAACUCAACGCCUUAGAAAAGCAGCUCAAAGGUCAGACAUCGGCGUUCAUGAAGAAGCUACGCCAGUCAGAGGAGCGAUUGGAAGCAAGGCUAGACGCAAUGCAGCGCCAACUUGAUACACAAAAGACCACACAAAACGCAAAUGCCGAAACAGUGCAACACGACAUCCGUAAUCUUCAAAGGAACCUAGAUCUGAGAUCAGGCCAACAGACUGCGCCAGCACCAGCGUUGCCUGUAAUUCGCGACCUCAAACGACCUAUCACGACAGAUACGCGCGGGCACCCACAGUCUAGCUCCCCGAAGCCGACGCAAACUCGAUCGAAAACCAGGCCAAAGCAGUCAGCCUCCGGCAACAGUCGCGAGAAGGCGUCCAAGACUCGAAUGGAAGAGUUUCGCCAGCACCAGAAGGAUGCUCAUGAAGCAUAUCUGCAGCUGAAAUCCACAAACUUCAAUGCAGUGCGAGCAUUCGUGUACAAGUUCAUCGAGAAUAUUUCCGACUUCGAAAUUUCUCAGAAGUUCCAACUGGAACUGCUCACAGUGCUGCCGGAUUAUCUAAGAGAGGGAAAGAAAAGCAAAUAUGGUUGGCGACAUGUUGUUGCUGUGGGAGGUACUUUGAAAUGGGAGGAUGUCUCGCGAGUCGCCAGUUCCAUUGAUGUUGGCGAGGACUAG